GUAAUCAUGGCGUCCUCCAGUGCACCGAGAGGCAACGUGAUAAUUCCUUAAAAUGUGCAACUUUUGGUUUACUUGGAUAAGCAACAUCGGUAUCAUCUAAAUUCAACCAAUCAUACUUUAAAAAAUAAGUCGGUAUUCCCGGACGGUUUUCGUUUAAAGAUAGAGUACUCCGUGAUCAGCACAGAUGGCUUCAUUUAAACCUACAAAAAUCCAAGUUUACCCGAAACUUGGAGAAAAAGUCACACAAGACACACUUUACUGGAAAAACUACAAAGCUCCGGUCCAGAUAAAAGAAUUUGGAGCAGUCACAAACAUAGACUUCUCCCCAGUGGCUCCACAUAACUUUGCUGUGACAGCAUUUACAAGAAUCCACAUUUAUGGGCCAUUCUCCCAGGAGCCUGUCAAGACAUUUACUCGUUUUAAGGACACUGCGUACUGUGGGAGAUUCAGGUCAGAUGGUCAGCUGCUAGUGGCAGGAUGCGAGGACUCGGUGGUCCGGCUGUUUGAUGUCAGCGGCAAGGUGGCACUCAGGAUGUUUAAAGGGCAUACAAAGGCUGUACAUGUCACAGACUUCACCUCAGACCGUUACCAGAUCCUCACAGGGGCAGACGACUACACAUGUCGACUUUGGGACAUCCCAAAUGCGACAGAGCUCAACACAUACAAAGAACACACAGAUUACAUCCGCUGUGGCGUCACAAGCAAACUCAACAGAGAUCUCUUCUUUACUGGAUCUUAUGAUCACACAGUGAAAGUGUUUGAUGCCAGAACCGAUAAGAGUGUGAUGACCAUGGACCAUGGCCAGCCAGUGGAGAGUCUGCUUCUCUAUCCUUCUGAGGGACUCCUUGUUUCUGCAGGGGGACGCUAUGUCAAAGUGUGGGAUCUGCUAAAAGGAGGCCAGCCUCUGGUGUCACUGAAGAACCAUCACAAAACUGUGACAUGUUUGUGUCUCAGCAGUAAUGGACAGAGACUGCUGUCAGCUUCUCUGGACAGGCAUGUAAAGGUGUACAACACAACAAACUAUAAAGUGGUCCACAACUUUGACUACGCUGCCUCCAUCCUCAGUCUGGCUUUGGCUCCGGACGAUGAGUCUAUUGUCGUGGGUAUGACCAAUAGUAUCCUGAGUAUCAAACACAGGAAAAGCCCUGAAGAGUCGAAGGAAAUCUCCAGCAAACAGAGGCGACGACCGACAUAUCGUGUUUUUGUGAAGGGGAAAAACUACUUCCCUAAACAGGAUGACUAUCUCGUCAGCAAGCCAGUGAAAGAGUAUUUGGCCAAAUACGACAAGGAGCUGAAGAAAUUUAAUGUAUCGAAGGCUUUGGAUACAGCGCUGCAGACAUGGAUAAGAGUGAGGAAGCCAGAGGUCACAGUUGCUGUUAUAAAGGAGCUGGAUCGAAGAGGGACAUUGAAGAAUGCUCUGGCAGGAAGGGAUGAACAGGGGCUUUCUCGGUUGCUUAACUUCUUCAUCAGCAAUGUGGUUGACACCCGGUUCGCUCCUGUCCUCGUCCCAGCGGCCGAGACGCUCGUGGACAUCUAUCGGUCAGUAAUCGGCCAGUCGCCAGUCGUGGACCGACAGCUGCUGCGUCUGCAGGAGCUGCUGGAGAAAGAGAUCGACUAUCAGCAGGAACUCCUGGAGGUGCUGGGCAUGUUGGACACAAUGUUCGCCUCCUCCCUUCCUAGGAAGGAGGUGCCAUGCACGGGCAUCAGCAGGGCAAACGGCCUGGCUCAGGGAGAUGCGAGCACCUCAAGACCACAGCUACAGGCCACCUGAGGCUGAAAAGCUGCUUUGGACCUGGUUAGAGUGCUUUGACAACUUAAAAAUCUCUUUUUGAAACAUCAGACACUUUUUCUGACAUGACAGGCUACAUGUCACCAAACAGAAACAUUUUGGUACAGGUUUUAAGAGACUGACAAACUCCAUGGUCUCACUCUGGUGUUGAUGUGACUGAAACACAACAGACAACAAAGAGAACAUACAUUUUCUGUAUGAAGACUCUGAAUGUGUGAACGGGAAGUGAGGUUUUUACUGGAACUCUUGUAAUUUCACUUUGAAAUGUAAUUUGUGUGAGUGAGCACGCUUGUUUGUAUGAUUUAACUGUAAGUAUCUGCUUUGUGUUUUCAUAAUAUUUGACAUUGGCAAAUGUUUUAUAAGCAGAUAUAAAUAAAUAUUUGUCAUAUGGAAA